GAUUUAUACUGGGUUUGGGUUACCGUUUAUCUAUAGGGUCCAACAAUGGCGUCCGACGAUGGCCGUAAAAGGAUACCAGUCCUCCCGCCUUUGCAGAUGCGGUCGUCUGCUCACUCAAAGACCAGACGACGAAUUGCAAAAGCCGUUCACACUUCCCUAGAAGCUGCCCAGUACAGCCACUGGCACAAACCAUCCCGUCAUCUCAGUUUGAUGGUCGAUCGUAAAGUCAUCGCACAUUUGCGGAGAAAGUUAAUACGCCGUCUGGAACAGAGAUUGUACAAUCUAGACGAGGUCGAGAACCAGUUGGGUGUGAAUUCACAGACCACUCCUCCAACAUCAGCCGAUCGAAAGUCAACCAAAACACCCACUGACAUAUUUGAGAAAUAUUCGGAGUUCGGAGAAAAACUGAAUGGCGACAUCUCUGAAACGCUUACAAGACUAAAACCACUGGAUAUGUCGGACAGUAAGCUUAGCUCCGCGAUGAAUGGGAAGAGUGACAGUUCGUCAGGGGCCCGUCGUUCAGAGGGCAAUGUUAUGCCGCUGAAUUCCAAUACGCCCCUACCCGACAUAGAGCACAGUAAAACACCUGUCUCCGAAUCCACUAAUGCUGUAUUUGAGAAUGGCAGAACAGAAAAAAUCGAGGACGCACAGAAAACACCAAAGUCUGAUGAACUGCACAUCCGGAGCGAGCACGGAGAAAUUGAGAGAACAACCCCUGAAACACAGGCUGACUGCGAUGACCAGGCGGUUCACAGGGGACUCAACGCAGGCAUUGAGAGAGAGGCCUCCUUGUUCACUCUGACCAAAGUUGUUGUCGACGAACAACCGGAACCGGAUAUAAGCCCAGUGGCAACACCUGUCAUGUUCCGCCCGAUGACGCGAGAGGAGACGAGACUAAGCUUUAACGACCGGAUGGAAAGGGUUCUAAAAGGUCAAGUUCACGUGACUUGUCCACCAGAUGAUAGAGCUUUGAAACUUUACGUCAGCUCGGGAUUUUCAGACACAGAAGUUGAGCGGAGUUUGCUGUUGGAAAGAGUAUUCCCUUUACUAAGAGAAGCUGUAUUAGGGAAAGGUUAUGAGCUUGAGAUAUACGACCUUCACUGGGGUCUCAAGGACACCAUCACUGACGAUCAUCGCAUUCAGCAGCUUUGUAUGGACAUGGUGGUCAAGUCACGGGAAAGCCCCUUCGGCACAAGCUUCCUGUUAUUUCUUGGAGAGAAGUAUGGGCCCUACCUUCUACCAACGACCAUCCCCGCGGAGGAGUACGACAAAAUAUACCGUGCGGCUAACACAGAGCUUGUACGUCAACAAAGGCUAAUCGCCGAGCGCGCUGCUGCCAUAGAGGCGGCUAAGGCGGAGGCACAACAACGACGUCAGGGAAUGGAGGACAGCAUUAAUCUGGAUAUCAACGCGUUGACGGGCGGAUCAUCGCCUUCAACGUCUCUCUCCCCGGACCUCCCGGAGAGAUCCGGCUCUAGCAGGCUCCGAUACCACGCUGAGAUGAUUCGCAAAGAGGCCCAAAUCAUCCGGUUUAUGCGCGAAGACCAGAAUAAACUUCCGGAGAAAAUCAAUGAUGUGAUCGAUGUGAAUGUUUUGAGUACGUGGUACAAGCUGGACACCAAUGUUGUCCCGUCCGUAUAUCGCCUGCAGAAUAUCAGCACACAUGUGGCGGAUUUCUUACGAGGUGAAGUUUCCAAACGCCUGCAGGCCAGGACAAACUGGUUGUCUACAUCGAGGAGAUUGUUGGGUAUCCUUCAAUCCAUGGCCACCAAAGUUAUCGAAGAUCCAGCUGCAAGGAGGAAGUACUUCACUUCUCUGUUGGAUCUGGAAAUUGAACAGGGCUUGGUUCAAGCGGACGACCCAAAUGACCGAUGCUUCGUCAUGCAAAGAAAUCUACAGCACAUCAACCGGAAUUUAGCCGAGGGAAAAGUUGCUGACUAUCUGGAUAUUCGUCUGAAAGGGAAGAAACCAGAAAUAGACGAAAAACUGGCAGACCGGAUUGACGAAAUUCGAGAAUGUGUUGUACCAGAAAACAUUAAUGCUGACCUCAUACAGGAAUUUCAAGUUGUCUGGAAUUCUGGAGGAAUCCUGCCUUCAGGCAACAGAGGCCAUCACAUGUACCUAGAGAAAAUGUCCCAGUCGUUGAUGGACCAUUUACUGAAAACCCUGACUCUAGACCCCAGAGACACUGACAACAACGCUGAUUCUGAAAAGAAGGCUCUGUAUGAAGAAGUGUCGCAUCACGUCCGCUUCUGCCAUUACAGUGCCAUAAAGUUUCACGGUCGGAAGGAUCUUCUGAUGAGGGUGAAAGCGUACCUCAGAUGCCCUGCCAACGUACCUCUGGUGGUACACGGGGCAGCCGGUACCGGAAAGACAUCGCUUCUCUCAAAGGCGGCCAGGGAGGUACACAAAUGGUUCAAAGGGUCGGACAUUUCGAUACUAUAUCGCGCGAUUGGGCUUAGUGAUAAGUCUACAAACGUCCGUCUUCUCUUGUAUAACAUAUGUCAGCAACUGUGUCACAUCAUGGAUAUGGAGGCUAAAGAUCUUCCCCAGGACACCAAAGGUAUAGUAAACGAAUUCAGCACGUUGCUGUCUCACAUACCCGAGGACAAACAUGUUAUUGUCUUUCUCGAUGCACUGGACCGACUAUCAGAUGAGAACGAUGGUCGUAAGCUUCAAUGGAUGCCAAGAGAGCUGCCAGCGAAUGUGCACCUAAUAGUCUCUACCUUACCAGACGAGAAAUACGGUUGUCUCAAGGCACUGCAGGGCCUGUACCCACAGAGUAACCAUUACUACUUGAUACUGGGACAGAUGGAUGAACAGGACGCUAUUUCUAUAAUGGACAAAUGGUUCUUAGCCUCAAACCGACUUCUCACCGAUUUCCAAUAUGACGUAUUACUGGAAGCCUUCAAGAAAUGUCCCACGCCUUUAUUUCUUGAUACAGCAUUUCACGAAGCCAUGUCUUGGCCAUCCUACGUGGACACCGAACAAGUGAAGCUCGGGGAAACCGUGAAGAAAAUAGCUACCAUAAAGUAUGGGAAGAUGGAGAAGACGUUCGGAGAGCCGCUGGUAAGGAGAGCUCUGGGUUACAUUACAGCGUCGAGGGAGGGAGUGAGCAGCAAUGAGAUGGAGGACCUUCUAUCUCUGGACGAAGUCGUCAUGGAGGACGUCAAGCAUCAGCUGUCGCCACCUAGACGACGAAUUCCUUCCGUACUUUGGAUCGGUCUCCGGGAAGAGCUGAUGAAGUACCUCAUGGUGUGCCGCGCAGGUGGCAUCUGCACUCUUCGCUGGCGCCAUGCGCAGUUUCACGAGGCUGCAGAGGAGCGUUACCUACUAGCCCGGGAUAAGGCUCCAUCGUACCACAAAGCUAUGGCUGAGUAUUUCUCGGGAAAAUGGUCAUCAGUGCUGAAACCUUAUCCUGGAAACGAGACCGGGUCCUUGCGAUAUAUAGCCAAUCAAAGCUUGUACAUCGAGUCGUCUGAUGCCAAGGGGAAACCUCAGAAGAUCUUCAACAUCCGGAGAAUUAGAGAGUUGCCCCAUCAUCUUUUACAUUCCCAGCAGACAGAUUUAUUGAAGUCGAUGGUGCUUUGCAACUUUGAAUACAUUCUUGCAAAGUUGUGUGCUACCUCACUCCGCGCUCUUCUGGAGGAGUACCACAUUGCUUUAAGCUUAGAACCCACGGACAAAGAUCUAAAACUUUUAGCGGACACUCUACAGUUGUCACAGAGGGCCUUGACCAAAGAGCCGAAACAGAUAGGGGCCCAGAUUGCUGGGCGACUAAAUGGUAUAGUUUCAAGAGAUAUCCCGGCAACGGCAGCCGACCCAUGUAAGUACCCAUACCUCAAGGAGUUGUUCGCCCAGAUUCCCAAGUCAUCAGUGCCUACCCUUAUACCGUCGGUGUCUUGCUUGACAGAGCCUGGGGGUGUUUUGUUUGAUCUUCUAUGUGGACACAAUGAGGCCAUCACAGCCGCGACGCUGACUACGGACGGAAUGAGAGCGCUAACGACGGCCAACGACGAUACGAUGAAGCUGUGGGACCUGCGAAGUGGUCGUGUUGUUAGAACUAUAGAUGGUGUCGGUAAGGGUGUGUCGUUUGUCAAAACUGGCAUGAGCAACAGUCUCGCCAUCACAUCAGAAACAAGCUGUAUACGCAUCUGGAGUUUGCGCACUGGCGCGCACGUGCACACUCUUUCCGGUUACGAUGAUCCCGCUAUUAUAACGACUGCGAGUGAAGGGAGAUUACUCGUGGCGGUGUUUGACGGAAUUAACACUUUGCGGGUAUGGGACUUGGAGAAUAACUUCAACCUACGUCACGAAAUCGACAUUAAACACACGGUUGUUCACCAGGAUAACUCGGCAAUAGUUGCAGGAAAUCCGUUUGGAGAUCACAUUCUGUUCGGAGCUCGUGGCACAAAAAUGGCCUAUAUGCAAAACGCCCGAACCGGCAGACAAAUCCAUGCUAUAAAGUGUCAUGACCCAACGUCGUUAAUCUCAUGUUUGGCAAUCACCAGAGACUAUCUAGUCUUGGGUUGUAAACAGCCUUAUAUGAAGUUGCAUGAGAUUUUUACAUUAGAGCUGUUUGACAUUAAAAGGGGCCACUUUUUGCGGAAUGUACGCGGAUGUAUUCAUGACAAUGUUCAGGAACUUCUUAUCAACCAGAUCGGCUCUCACGCUAUCGCCGUGUGUGCGUCAGAGCAGAACAACAUGUCGAACAUCGCGCUGUGGAACUUGGAAACGGAAGAUCACAAACACUUGGCACGACAUGCAAACGUGUCUAAAAUCUGCGUGUGUCUGGACUUCCGGUACUGUCUGACAGCAGCCGUCAACGACAAGACUUUACGGAUCUGGAACAUCAGCGGAAAGGUUAAUUUGCCAGGGGCAAAAAUGAAGAAAUUCAAUGGAGUUUGUGAGAUAAUACCCAUGGUUGAUAACCCCAGGUACGUGGUGGCUAAGGCAGUAAAUAACGGACCACUGAGUGUGUGGAAUGUAGCGAAAGCCAAGUGUCUUCAGGGUGCAGUCAGGAUAGAAAGAGGGCUGGUAGAUCCAAGCGAUGUUCUCUUGGUCCGAAACACUAAGAUUGUCAUUCUGACGGAUAGAGGGUUUUCCAGCGUCAGCGACGAUUCAAAACCGGUUUUUCAAACUGUUCUCAUAUACAACCUGCAGACGAAGAAGUAUGACAGAAAGCUGACAGGAGUCUUCAUCACACCGUCUCCACCCAAUGAGUAUGUUUUGCUUGAGGACGACUUGCUAAUGGGCCUUUCCAACGAAAGGAAUCACUUCGUCAUCUGGAGCUUACACACUGGUCACGUAGUUCAUAGGAUUCGGACGAAUUUCAAAGAGUUUGAACGACAGCGGCUUGAGCGCGGCGAACCUCCAAGAGAAUAUCCGAUCAUAAAGCGAGCGACUACUGCCAAAAUGCUGGCGUGGGACAGAAGAUCGGAAACACACGAUGCCCGACAAAGGCGCCGGGAGAUGGAGUUAGACGAGGAAAGAAAGAAGAUCGAAGACAUCAAAAAAGAGAAAGAGAAUUCCAUCGAUCAGUACAUUAUUAGUGGAGACAGCAAAACGAUAGUGGCCUCGUUUUUCGCUCACCACCUCUGUGUAUUUGAUAUGCCGAGUCAUGCACAUAAAUCUACCCUUGAGAAUGAAAGUUCAAUGCUGUUCCUGUACACUGCGGCCUUGACCUUUGACGGCAGUUACCUGGCUCAGGCUAAUUAUGACGAGAACAACAAAACUAGUUACGUUACUCUGUGGAACUGCAAUACCGGUCAGGUGAAGCGACGCCUGAAGAACGAAUCGGACGUGUGCGCUUUGGCCCUGGCAAACGACGGCGAACGAGUGGUGUUUGGAAAAAGCAACAACGAACUACGCAUUUGGGACCCCAUGAAACAGAACUCUGUUCGCAAAAUUAAAGGGUAUGCCGGCUUUAACUUCGGUGUUGGUAGUAAAAUAUUCAUCGUUGAAAACAAUACCCGUGCCCUUGUCUUUGCUGGUGACAUCUCGUUGUGGGACAUAGCGGAAGCGUCGGUGCUGGCUAUAUUCAGCCCAGAUAUGACGAUACAGUGUUGUAGCGUGAGUCUUGAUGGGAAGGUCGUGGCUUUUGGUCUCCUAGAGAGCGCAGAUGUGGUCGUACUCAAACUGGCCUCCCGGGACAUCCAGCCUAUCCAAGACAACCAGGGUGAGGACAUUUUCGGUGAAACAACCGGCGAUACCUCAGACGAAGACGAUGAAAAUGACGAGAGUUGAUGGUGAGGCAUCGCUUAUCAAACAUAUUACAAAUGGACAGGAUUCGAUAUCCGUUAUCGUCUAUGACAAUGCCUCAGUUGUAUGGUACCGUCGGGGAACGUCGGCACAACAGACAUUACAUAAAAGACAGGAUUUGGUAGCCGUUAUGGCACAUAGCAAUGCUAUAGCAGAGAUAUAGUCUAGUAGUACCCAUUCAACACAAAACAAAACCCGUGUUGUCUUAAUUGUAUUAAGCUGAAGAAACCCGAAUGCCGUCCAUGGAGCCAUGGUUUUGGAAAUUUCAUUCGUGAAAAAAUUCAGACAUAAUUGUAGCAUAUAAGCUGUUGAAUGCAAAGGGGAAGUAUUUGACUGUCUAUUGGGGGAAAAGGGGAAGUAUUUGACUGUCUAUUGGCGUUUCGAAAAUUCAUUCUCGUCCAACGUGGUUCAGUUGUUAUAUUCGUGAAACACGCGGAAGUGUACAUAUACCUUAUAUUUUUUCACCACCUAAGGUUACAAUAUUACAAUUUUGCCUUGAAUUUUUUAGUCAGAUGCAUCAUCGAACAUCAGUAAUGCGUGCCCACAAGGCUAUUUGUAUAAGUUAAAAGAAUGUGACAUAUCUUCUUAAAAGCCAUUAUUACAUAACCAGUAUUAUAGCAUGUCUGUGAUAAUAAAGACUGUCAAACUGUCCCGAUACAAUAUCAAUAACGAAUAUAUGUAGAGAUUAUAGGUAUAGACCAUAUCAAUUCUUGUUGUACAAUAUAUUGUGUGUGAAACUAAUGUAAAUAGAAAUGCAUUAAA